CUGGAAUGAAUCGACAUUACGUGUUUAUGCGUUUCUUGACUCCACCUUCUGUUUCAGAGCGAAAGUAAAGCUCCAUUUUUAAAGCGUUUCAGGAGGAAGAACACAGUUAACAGCUGUAAUCUGCAGGGUUAUAGGGCACAUGACCUCUAAAAUGAGUGUCUCUGGGGAACAGGACACGCAGAUAGACGAGAGUCUGAUUCAGGGUAAGAGGUCAGACUCACCUGAAUCCAGCUGUGUGUCCAUGAGGAGUGACAGUUCAAUGGAUCCUCCAGUAAAGUUCAGAGACUGCACUGCUGAUAUGAGGCCAGUGACGAGUAAGAGGUCAGACUCACCUGAACCCAGCUGUGUGUCCAUGAAGAGUGACAGUUCAAUGAAUCCUCCAAUAAAGUUCAGAGACAGAGACUGUACUACUCAUAUGAGGCCAGUGACGAAUGAGAGAUCAGACUCACCUGAACCCAGCUGUGUGUCCGUGAAGAGUGACAGUUCAAUGAAUCCUCCGAUAAAGUUCAGAGACUGUACUCCUGAUAUGAGGCCAGUGACGGGUGAGAGAUCAGACUCACCUGAACCCAGCUGUGUGUCCGUGAAGAGUGACAGUUCAAUGAAUCCUCCAAUAAAAUUCAGAGACAGAGACUGUACUACUGAUAUGAGGCCAGUGACGGGUGAGAGAUCAGACUCACGUGAACCCAGCUGUGUGUCCGUGAAGAGUGACAGUUCAAUGAAUCGUCCAAUAAAAUUCAGAGACAGAGACUAUACUACUGAUAUGAGGCCAGUGACGAGUGAGAGAUCAGACUCACCAGAACACAGCUGUGUGUCCAUGAAGAGUGACAGUUCAGUGGAGCAGCCAACAGACAUCAGCGACAGAGAUUCCCCUGCUGAACUGAGACCCCAGAAAUCAAAAAAUCAUUUGGAAUCUACGUUCAAGGAGCUGGAGCACAAAGUCAUCACUCUGUUAAAGAAUGAGCUGAAGAGAUUUAAGAUGCUACUGAGUCCAGAUUACCCAGCAUGCUCUGAGAGGGAGGUGGAGGAUGAGGAGGAUCAGAGCAGUGUCAGAGAGGGAGCGCUGAAGAUCACAUUGCACGUCCUGAAAAUCAUGAACCAGACAGAUCUCGCUAACACACUACAGAACAAACUCGUCUCUGUGUACCAGCGAAAACACAAAUCCAAACUGAGAGAGAAAUGUAAAAGAAUCAAUGAAGGAGUUGUACAGCAUGGAAGCUCAGUACUUCUGAAUGAGAUCUACACAGAUCUCUACAUCACAGAGGGUGGGAGUGGAGACGUCAAUAAUGAACAUGAGGUGAGACAGAUUGAGACAGCGUCCAGGAGAUCAGCAACACAGGAGACACCCAUCAAAUGUAAUGAGCUCUUCAAAGACGAGUCCAUCAGAAGUGUACUGACUAAAGGAGUUGCUGGAAUUGGAAAAACAGUCUCUGUGCAGAAGUUUAUUCUGGACUGGGCUGAAGGGAAAGCAAAUCAGGACAUCUUCUUCAUGUUUCCACUUCCCUUUAGGGAGCUGAAUCUGAUGAAGCAGAAAAAUCUCAGUCUGAUGAAACUUCUUCAUCACCUUUUCCCAGAAAUAAAAGAACUACAGUUAAUAGACCGCGAGAUCAACAAAAUCCUUUUCAUCUUUGAUGGUCUGGAUGAGUGUCGACUUCCACUAGAUUUCCAGAACAAUAAGAGAUUGUGUGAUGUGACAGAGUCAGCCUCAGUGGAUGUGCUGCUGACAAACCUGAUCAAGGGGAAUCUGCUUCCCUCUGCUCUCCUCUGGAUAACCUCUCGACCAGGAGCAGCCCAUCAGAUCCCUCCUGAGUGCGUAGACCAGGUAACAGAGGUACGAGGGUUCAGUGAUCCUCAGAAAGAGGAGUACUUCAGGAAGAGGAUCAGUGAUCAGAGCCUGGCCAAUAAAAUCAUCACACACGUGAAGUCUUCAAGAAGCCUCUACAUCAUGUGCCACAUCCCGGUCUUCUGCUGGAUCUCAGCCACUGUUCUAGAGAGAAUGUUGGGUGAAGCAGAGAGUGGAGAGAUCCCCAAGACUCUGACUCAAAUGUUCACACACUUCCUGAUCUUUCAGAUCAAACACAAGGACCAAAAGUACCAUCAGAAAUGUGACCCUGACCCUCAGCAGACCAGAGAGAGUAUCCUGGCACUGGGAAAACUGGCUUUCCAACAGCUGGAGAAAGGAAACCUGAUCUUCUAUGAGGAAGACCUGAGAGAGUGUGGCAUUGAUGUCAGAGAAGUGUCCGUGUACUCAGGAGUGUGUACCCAGAUCUUCAGAGAGGAGUUUGGGCUUCACCUGGGGAAGGUGUUCAGCUUUGUACAUCUGAGUGUUCAGGAGUUUCUGGCUGCUUUAUAUGAAUUUCUCUCCUUCAUCAACAAAAAGAUUGCAAAACAACAAACAUGGUCCGGUCUUUUCAAGGCAAACAUGUCUGAAUUCCUCAAAAGUGCGGUGGACAAGGCCUUACAGAGUGAUAAUGGACACUUGGAUCUUUUCCUUCGCUUCCUUCUGGGUCUCUCAAUGGAGUCCAAUCAGACUCUCUUACGAGACCUACUGCCCGAGACAGGAAGCAGCUCUCACAGUGAACAGGAAACAGUUGAGUACAUCAAGAAGAAGAUCAGGGAGAAUCCAUCUCCAGAGAAAUCCAUCAAUCUGUUCCACUGUCUGAAUGAACUGAAUGAUCAUUCUCUAGUGCAGGAAGUACAGCAUUACCUGAAAAGUGAAGAUUACUCGUGUCUCAGUGGAGUCAGACUCUCUCCUGCUCAGUGGUCAGCUCUGGUGUUUGUGCUGCUGAACUCAGACGAGAAUCUGGAUGAGUUUGAUUUGAAUAAAUAUGACACAUCAGAGGAAUGUCUUGUGAGGCUGCUGCCAGUGGUCAAAGCAUCCAGAAAAGCUGUGCUGUGUAAGUGUAAUCUGACAGAGAAAAGCUGUGGAGCUCUGUCCUCAGUUCUCAGCUCAAACUCCUCCAGUCUGAGAGAACUGGACCUGAGUAACAAUUAUAAACUGCAGGAUACAGGAGUGAAGCUGCUCGCUGCUGGACUGGAGAAUCCAGACUGUAAACUGGAGAUACUGAGGCUGCGUUGGUGUUAUCUCAAAAAUGAAAGCUGUGGAGUUCUGUCCUCGGUUCUCAGCUCAAACUCCUCCAGUCUGAGAGAACUGGACCUGAGUGAGAAUAACCUGCAGGAUUCAGGAGUGAAGCUGCUCGCUGCUGGACUGGAGAAUCCACACUGUACACUGGAGACACUGAGGCUGUAUCUGUGCAAUAUCACACAGAAAAGCUGUGGAGCUCUGUCCUCAGUUCUCAGCUCAAACUCCUCCAGUCUGAGAGUACUGGACCUGAGUGAGAAUAACCUGCAGGAUUCAGGAGUGAAGCUGCUUGCUGCUGGACUGGAGAAUCCAGACUGUACACUGGAGAUACUGAGGCUGUGUGGGUGUAAUCUGACAGAGAAAAGCUGUAGAGCUCUGUCCUCAGUUCUCAGCUCAAACUCCUCCAGUCUGAGAGAACUGGACCUCAGAAACAAUAACCUGCAGGAUUCAGAAGUGAAGCUGCUCGCUGCUGGACUGGAGAAUCCACACUGUACAGUGGAGAUACACGUAUAGGUUCGAGCCGUCUUUAUUCUGAUCCGUUCUGAAUUUCACACAUAGAGGAUAAUGAGGAUAAACGCUUACAGUACAACGUGUUUUGAAGAACAGCCGUGAGAGCUAAGGAUGGUGUGAACUUAGAGGCCCAUGGGCCAAUACACUAUGGAGGCCCCCUGGUAGGCCCACUCCACGUUUUGCAUUUGUCAUUGAACAUAAGGAUUGGAGUGUGAAAGAUUGGAGCUGCGUUCUGUGGUCUGAAGAGUCAAAAUUCAACAUGCUUGCCUCGGACGGUGUCAGGUAUGUUCAUAGGAGACAAGGGGUGCGUUUUGAUGCGUUUUGAUUUUGUCAGUCUUUUGCACUACUGUCAUAUGCUUCACUUUUUUACAGAACUGUGUGCUAGUCGGCACUGCACUGUACCUCACCAUGCCCAUUGCCUUGUUUUGAUAGUUUUGUACUGUCUCCUGCCAUCUGCACAUGUUUGCACUGUGCACUUUAUGUAAAUAUAUGCAAUGUCUAGUGUAGUUCUGUGUUUGUUUUAUGUAGCACCAUGAUCCUGAAGGAACGUUGUUUCAUUUCACUGUGUACUAACUAGCUGUAUAUAGUUGAAAUGACAAUAAAGCCACUUGACUUGACUUGAUACCAAAUGCAUGCCUGGCACUGUCAAGCACAGCAGAGGAAACAUAAUGGUAUGGGGAUGUAUGUCUGAGGCAGGUGUUGGAAGGAUCCACAAUGUCGCUGUCACUUUGAAAAUGGAACAAAACUUGGAUAUCUUGCAGAACACCAUGUUGACGAGUAUGGAGGAUCUGUUUGGAGAUCGAACGUGUAUUUUCCAACACGAUAACGAUCCCAAACACACUGCAUGGAGUGAAGGUGUUCCUUGCUGCCCAGCGUUUUGAAGACCGCGAGUGGCGUUCCAAUGAAGCUCAGCUUUGGGAAGAAUUUAAGGAGGCUUGGCAGGAAAUUACCCAUGACACAUGCACAAAGCUUCUUGAGUCAGUGCCCAUGUCAGAGGCCCAUGGGCCAAUACACCAUGAAGGCUCCCCUGCCAGGCCCACCCCCUUCCAAAGGUUUUUCUGGGUAUAAAGUUAUUAAAAACUUGCCAGAUCUUACAAGACUGUGAGAAUAAGAAAACUGAGCCUUAAUUACAUCAGCACACAAAUUCUAUUCGUCAUUUUUUGUUGUGUUUUACAAAACACUAUUCAGUACAAACUCAUGCUAGAAUGAACAGCAAAACAUCCUAACUCUCCAGGCCUCAUAAUCUUUUUUUUUUUUUUUUUUUUUAAAUGAUGAUUAAUCAUAUUAAUAGACACUGUAGACACUGACAAAAUGCUGGGUAACAGAAGACAAUACAAACAGUUGGAUCAGAUUAUAAAUCUGUGUGUGAAAAGUGUUAGCCCUACAUCGCCUACGUUACUAGGGUAAACCUUGAUAACCUUUAAAUGGGUAAUAUUGUUCUCCCAAAAUUUUACAUAUAUAAUCUAUUGUAGUCUGUGUUAGUCAAAACAUUUGUCAGUCAGUAUCCUCAACACAAACCUGUAGCUUUUCCGUGCUGCUUUCAUUCCAAAUUUUAAUCUUCUAAAAUUACCGGCUUCUCUUGCUUUAACUUGGUCUUAUAUUUUGGGAGCAGGUGUACAACAUUGUGGCCCUAUUUCCAAAAGGAUGAUACACUGUUUUAUAGUCAUCAGUCAUCAUUUUCCAAAGCGUUGAACAAGGAUUAAUGACUGGCAGGUUGGACAGCUGGACUAUGGCAUUGAGAUCAUCAAUCCAAGUGUAGUGAGCUUUAGGCCUACAUUAUGCCAUUCAUGUAGCAAAAUCAUCCACAAAACAUGCUGUAUUACAAAACAUGUUUAAUGUUAACCAGUUUGUCAACAAACCGGUCAGUACUAUGCAUUGCAAAGCUAACGACUUAAAAUAUAUGCAACUACAUGGGAUUCUGUCCAUACUGGACUACAGUAUAUGAGUCAAAAGUAGAGAAGAAAACAUUUGAACUGACUCUUUGCUCAUUCAUUUGUUUGAGUUCGGAGCCGUUGUAAUUCUGACUGACUUCUGUGUAUGACCUUUCCUUGUCUACCUUGUUUUCUCUGUCAUGGAAAGCCGCUCUGUUCUUGUUUGCCCUGAUUCUCUGUUUGCCUGUGACAUUCGAUUAAGAGUUUAGAUUUGUGAUUUGGACUGAGUUUAUCUGUUCUUACUCUGUGUAUGACCCGGAACUGUUCUCCGUUUAUGGUUUUUGGAUUUUGGACAUUGUUGGUAAUAGGUAAUAAACCUCUUGCUAAUGGAUGAGUCUCCACUGUUACAGUCGAUAUUGCUAGUACAUCAGGCAAUGCUGCUAUCUCUCGCUAUCUGCUAUCUCUCUCAGUAUGCUUAAGGCUAUACUUACCUGAUACAGAUCACCACCUUCUUAUAACCGGGGAACGUCAAGCUGCAUAUCUCAUGCUGCCUGGAGGAGCCCCAUGUUUGUUAAAAUAAGAGAUUAAGUAAAGCAGAUUCAGUGGGCUUGCAAGCACAAUCUGGGUGAUUCAAACUGUUAAGAUUGAAACUCAAAUUCAGGUUCCACUUCCUGCAUGCGUCCACUUCCUGCGUCCACUUCCUGCAUGAACAGAAGAAUCUGGUCAACAUGAGAGAGGUAGAGCUGGAGGGCUGAAGGUGCAAAAUAUCCACAAUAAAAACAAUCUUAUAACACAUUUUUUAUCUCAAAGUACAAUCAAGGAAUGAAUAAGAGGCCAAGCAUCAAAAAUGAUUACAAGAAAAACUGUGAAAAGAAGAAAUGAAGUAAACAAGAAAACAUGUGGAAGUAAAUGAACAACUAUGUGGUGUAUUUACAAUGACGCCAUCUUGGUCUUCUUAAUUUUGGUCCGGAGUCUCUAUCUUCUGCCCCUUGUAGUUUUACACCACAAAGAAGGGCUGUGGGACAAUCAGAGAGAGGUUACUAGUAUUUCAUCUGGUUGUCUUUAUCACCUGGAUGUUUAAGCAGAGGUUUUCUUGAUUGCACCACUCAGGAGUGAGCAAAAACUGCCAGGUUUAGUGAAACAAAAGCAGACAAACCAACCAGGCAUCACCUACUGGUGCUAUGAAGUGUAUAAAUAAGGUAGAGAGAUUGCAGGAAGGAAACAUACAAAACAUAUUAGCUUAAUAAAAUACAUCAUACACUCUAACAGGCGGCAGAAACAUCAGGAUUUGGGGUCCAUCAUAAUGCAGCACCUGGAAAAGGCUAGGCAAUUAUUUAAUCACUGACCUGAAAAAAAAAUGUUUUUUAAAAAAUGUUGGUCAUCUUUCUUACUUUCAUCUGUAAGAGUGUUAGUAGUUGCACUAUUAAGGGCGUUGGAGUUGUCAAAGCUCAGAAUGACUGAAUAACGUCCCUCAUACCGAGUGGCUAAUGAUCCAAAGAUGCCAAACUUCUUAUCUAAUAUCUCAUGGCCUACUUGUACUGAGUUAUGCACAGAAAAAUUUAUACUGAUCUACCUUUUGAUCCUUGGCACAAUGGGCACUCCACACUGAAAAGUUUAUCAGGGACUCAAAUAACAAUUUCAAAUAUUAAAGUUAAUUUUGAAUGUUGCUGUGACCAAUACUUUUGCAAAGAGAGAUGUAAUUAGCAGCACACAACAAAAUAACCAUACUCAAAUAAAAGUGGAGGUAUCCAGCAAAAAAAUGUAAAUCGGAUAAACUGUGAUGUGAAAACAAAGUUAAAAUCUACAUCUAAGUUCUAAAAUCUAGAUUUGACUGUAAGGAGUUUUGAUGAAUAAAGGCCAAUUGACCAUUUGUCCAAUUUGUGGUUGAUCCUAAAUUAAAAGAAGUGCUUCCUCAGAUCAUGUAGUUAAUAGGUCUAGUCUCAGAGUCACAUUUCAUAGAAAGCACCAUUUAAUCACUUAAUUAAUUAAAAAGCAUCACUGGUGUCUUUGUCACAAAAAACAGCCUGACUGUCCUCACUGCAUGCUGGAUAUUUAAAUUGAGCAGAAGAUCCCCUGGACCUGAAUCUGUAUAUAAGUAUUUUGAACCACAAAUACACCAUGAUGAGCAUCAAGUGGCUGGCGAUAAAGGUGAGAUUUUCUAUUUGCACUGUGUCCUUGGAUUUGCUCCUGUCCCACAUGGAAUUGCCCAUGACCAACGUCUCCAUGUUGGAUUAAGAUCCUGGAUGAUUUAUGCAGCAGAAAGACAUUUCUUCAUACAGAUUAUUCCAACAGAGGCUCGUUUUAUGUUUCUUGCUGUGGUACCUCAGUCUCUGUAGACUAUAAAACUUUAUGGCUGUAAUAAAACUGACAAUGUGUUUUCUUCAUAUCCUAGAAAAAUGCAGUCUGAUCCACAAACUACCACAAUCUGAAAGUUCAUCACACCUCUGGGUUUGAAAGUUUGCAGCUUAUUUAUGACUUUUAUGGUAAAACACACAGAAAAGAACAGAACUCACAGGAAACAGAAUAUCGGUUUAAUGAGCAGUGAUCAUAACAGCAGUCAUAAAAGCCCAGAAAAUAAAAUUAUAUUUAU